AUGGGUUGGCCAGAGGAGGCAUGGCAGUGCAUACACAUCGACUUCGCAGAGAAUGAUUUAUUUCAGCUCUUAUUUUAUUACAUUCGCUGGUUGGUACUGAUCCUGACUGGCCACCAGCUGACUGAGGGAACCGGUCUGCAGCUUCCAGGGGACUACUCCAUCUCUGGUCUCUUUCCCUUACACAAGUUGGCCCCCUCCAGCUCCAACCUACCAGACCUGGGAGCCUGUAAAGAAGGCAAAUUUAAUAAACAUGGCUAUCAUUUGAUACAAGCCAUGAGAUUCGCUUUGGAGGAGAUCAACAACGGUACCAAAAACCAGCAUCUUCUCCCAGGGGUAUCACUGGGUUACCAGGCGUAUGACACCUGCAAUCAACCAGCCAGUGUGCUGGCCACUCUGGCCAUGCUGGCCCAACAGUACCAGAGAACUUUAGGGAACAACACAGGUGGUGACCAGAGGGCAGUGGCAGUGAUCGGGCCUGAUAGUAGCAGUCACACCUUCACCCCUGCUGCAGUGCUGGGCUCUUAUCUAGUGCCACAGAUCUCCUAUGAAGCCUCUAAUGAGAUGCUGAGUAACAAGCUCCUCUACCCAGCCUUCUUCCGCACCAUCCCCAGUGACAAGAACCAGGUGGACGCCAUGGUCCAGCUGCUGGUGCGUUUUAACUGGACUUGGAUCGUUCUACUGGGCAGCGACGACUCCUACGGCCUCCAGGGCAUAGAGAGUCUCUCCCUUCAUGCUGCUCACUUUGACAUCUGCAUCGCCUACCAAGGGGUCAUCCCCGAACUCACCUCCGCCAACAACCAGACCAUGAGGAACAUAGUCAAGAACAUUUUGAAGACCAAGGUCAACACUAUUGUCGUGUUCUCCAGCAAGACCAAAGUCAGUCAGUUCUUCCCGUUUGUCAUAGAGCAGGGUGUAACUGGUAAGGUGUGGAUAGGGACAGAAGACUGGUCAGUCACCACUCUAGUGUCGGGAAUACCAGGUAUUCACACCAUUGGGACUGUACUAGGCAUCUCCAUCAAAUACACAGCAAUAACUGGGUUUGAGGAGUUUGAAAGCCAUGCUGUUCCAAAGUUACAUAGUGGCACCUCCAACGGCAUGAUGGACCUGAGUGUUGAAUGUUUGCAAAAUACGGACCUCUCCAGCAUGGCAGCAGAAAACUUCUCUUUGGGGGACUAUGACAUCAAAUCCUCUUAUAAUGUUUACAAGGCUGUAUAUGCUGUGGCACAUGCACUGCAUCAAGCACUUGGUUGUGGCUUGGAUGAAUGCCAAAAGUCUGAAGUGCUACCUUGGCAGCUUCUGCCACUGUUAAAGCAGGUGAGAUUCUCUGUUGGGAACUCCUCUAUUUACUUUAAUGAGAACGGAGACCCGCCCACAGGAUAUGACAUCGUGAACUGGAUUUGGAGGGGAACAGAGUGGUCUCUCCGUGAGGUGGGCUCUUAUACUGCAGACCCCACUGACCUCACAGUGGACCCUGCUCAAAUUGAAUGGGGUAGUGACGACGGAUACACAGGAAAAGAGGUGCCUCCGUCGAUAUGCUCCCCAGAAUGCCCCAAAGGACACAGGAAGCUGCAGACGGGACAACACAAGUGCUGCUUCGACUGCCUGGCCUGUGCUGCUCACAAUUUCCUCAACAAGACUGGAUCCACCCGGUGCCAGAAGUGUGAGCUUUACCAGUGGUCCCCAGCGGAGAGCGAGGUGUGUCUGGAUCGGACGGUCCUAGUGCUGGCCUGGGGCGGUCCCCUGUCUAUCGCCCUGCUACUCCUCCUGGCUCUGACCUUGCUCAUAACCCUGGGGACAGGGGUCAUCUUCCUCCUCAACCUGGGCACCCCUGUGGUCAAGUCGGCCGGCGGGCACACCUGCCUGGUGAUGCUUCUAGCCCUAACCGCCGCGGCUGCCAGUGCCCUGUGUCACUUUGGCCUCCCGUCUCAGACUGACUGCCUUCUCAAGCAGCCUCUCUUCGUCUUCAGCUUCACUGUGUGUCUGGCUUGUGUCACCGUCCGUUCCUUCCAGGUAGUGUGCAUCUUUAAGCUGUCCUCCAAGCUUCCUCGGGCCUAUGAUACCUGGGCUAAGAACCAUGGGCCUGAAGUCACCGUCCUCGUUGUUUCCAUGACAGUUUUGUUGAUCUCUGUGCUCCGUGUUACUUUAAACCCCCCGUACCCCUCCCAGGACGUGGACUUCUACUCCGACAGCAUUGUCACGGAGUGUAGUAACACCCUCUCCUCUUGGGCCAUGAUAGAGCUAGCCUACGUCUCUCUGCUCAGCACGCUCUGCUUCUCCUUCAGUUACAUGGGAAAAGACCUGCCAGCCAACUACAACGAGGCCAAGUGUAUCACCUUUAGUCUCAUGAUAUACAUGAUCUCCUGGAUCAGCUUCUUCACCAUAUAUUUUGUUAGCAGGGGGGAAUUUGCCAUGGCCAUGCAUGUGCUGGCCAUAGUGUCCAGUGUGCUCGGUAUACUCGGUGGUUAUUUCAUGCCCAAGGUCUACAUCAUGGUGCUGAGGCCCCAAAUGAACACAACGGCCCAUUUCCAAAACUGUAUUCAGAUUUAUACCAUGAACAAAGACUGAAAGAUAUGUUUUCAUCAUAGAUUUUGCGUUUUGCAUUUCUGGAUACUUAUUCCCAAUCCAUUGUAUGGCUUUAAAAAUGACAUAGUAAAUGUUGCUCUGCUCUUAGCUGGUAGAAAAUACAUGUUGCCCUUGCACAUUUAAGUGUAUGUAUAACUUUCUCUAACAUGGUUGUCAUGUAGCUUUGAUAGCUUUUUAAAGCACUUCUUUUUAAGUGUGUGUUUUUACUGGGGGGAAUUGAGAAAAACAAAGCUAACCUUCUUUAGCUGCAGCUGGUGUUGUGGUCUUUCUUCAGUGUCUGUCUGUGACAUGUCUGGUCUCCAAAAUGUGGAUCGGUAUAAGCCUCUGAUUUGAAACCAGCUAUCCAAAAUAUCCAUACACAUGUCCCAUAGUGCUCUGUUUGAAACAGAGAAUGAAAGAGGCUCUAGUGGCUGAAAAACUGUAUUAGCAUGGGCAGUGCCAUUGAGGGCUUCCACCAUUUUAAUGUAGUCAACUGGGUGGGAGUUCCAACUUCAUUGGCUGAUCCCUGUUGGUGACCCUGUUGGAGUCAUGUCCAAACGGGUCAUCAGCAGGGAUCAGCCCAUUGUGAAGAAGAAAAUUGACUAAGCCUCAAUGGUGCUGCCACAAACGCUAUAAUUGUGAUUAUACAAAGAUCUAUCUAUCUUUAUGGUUUUAAAUCCAAAUGUGUGAGUCACUAUGUACAUUACAUAAAGUGUAAAUCAGAAGGACAGAAGCUAGGACACAAUAGUCCGGUGUCCCAUUGUGACCCAUCCACAGGGGACGCACAGACCGAACUCACAACUAACCACAAUUCCCAACCAAUGCGUCUCUUGGUACGCAUCCUCUAAUCAUUUGAAUCUGUUGACAGUUGGAGAAAUUGCUUUUGCUGCACUGAGAAUUCGAAAAGUAUAAAACCCAACGGUCCAAUAUUCUAGAACACUGCUGUGGUUAGUGUACAAGUUUGGUACUCUGAUACUUGUUGCUCUAAUCAAUUAAUAUACUUUUCUUUGUA